AUGACCUCCAAGGCCGAUGAUUACAAUUCCACCGUCUUUGUUGGCAAGGCCGAACAGCUGAAGCAGGUCUGCGCCCACAUCGAAGAGAAGGGCUUCAUUCCCAAGGAGCUCGUCCAGAACGAGGUUACCUGGUUCUACGGCAACCUCGGUAUCGACGACAUGUACUUCUCCGGCGAGACUGUCGAGACUGUCGCCCAGCACAUCAUGGCCCUCUACGGCUCCAAGCUCUUGGCCUACAUCAAGAACGACACCGUUCUCGACAUCAACCUGGUCCGCGAGACCGACGACGGCGCCGUCUACAUCCACACCUCCAGCCCCGGUGUCUCCAACCUGACUGGCCCCCAGCACGAAGCCCGCAUCGACUCCAAGUUCCUGGACCAGAGCGCCACCAGCCACACUGCCUUCCGCCUCGAGACCUACCGCUCCUCAGGCACGGUCUCGUCGUCGUUUGCCACCCAGCUCCGCACCUACUUUGUGCGCAAGUGCCAUUUUGUCAAGGACGACCCCACCCCCGAGGAGUUCACCGACAUCCGCAAGAUCUCGGACGUCACCUUCCUCGAGAAGGCCACCGAGAACACCCUCGUGACCUACUCCAAGAUCAUCAAGGAGGUCCUCAACCGCCACGGCCCUGUCAUUGAGAUGUUUGAUGUCCCCAACAGCCGCGAGAAGCGUGUCGUGAUCGGCUACCGCCAAAAGACCACCCAGUCGUUCUUCUCGGCCCUGUCGGAUCUCUACCACUACUACGAUCUCUACUCGACCCGCAAGUACGUCGAGCAGUUCUCCAACGGCGUCACCGUCAUGUCGCUGUACCUCAACCAGCUGCCCAACAGCAAGGCGCCCCCGAUCGAGAGCUCCGUCUUCCAGGUCAUCAAGGAGGCCAGUUUGAUCUACUGCAUUCCCACCGCUCCCCUCCGCCUCUUCUUCCAGACCGGCCAGCUCAGCGUCCAGGAGGCCAUGUACGGCCAAGUCGGAUGGAUCUUUGCCCAGCACUUCCUCAACCGCCUCGGCAACGAGUACGCUGCCCUGUCCUCGAUCCUGGACCUGCAGAACUCUGCCCACGUCGAGGUCCUCACCAAGAUGAAGAAGCGUCUCCGCUCCGACACCUUCACCCGCGAGUACAUCCUCGACAUCAUCAAGCUCUACCCCGAGCUCAUCAAGGCCUGCUACGUCAACUUUGCCAUGACUCACUACAUCAACCCCGCCAAGAACACCCUCAACCCCUCCAUCUCGUACCAGCGCCUGCAGAGCGUCCCUGCCCUCUCGGAGGAGGCCCUCCUCGAGAAGAUCCGCAAGACCGUCACCAACAACCACGAGUACAUGAUCUUCGAGUCGUACGUGGCCUUCAACAAGCACGUCCUCAAGACCAACUUUUACCAGCCCACCAAGGUUGCCCUGUCCUUCCGCCUGGACCCCUCGUUCUUGCCGAGCCUCGAGUACCCCAUCAAGCCCUUUGCCCUCUUCCUGGUGAUUGGCAGCGAGUUCCGCGGCUUCCACAUCCGCUUCCGCGACAUUGCCCGCGGCGGCAUCCGCAUCGUCCGCUCCCGCAACAAGGAGAACUACAGUAUCAACCUGCGCUCGCUCGUCGACGAGAACUACGGUCUUGCCUCGACCCAGCAGCGCAAGAACAAGGAUAUCCCCGAAGGCGGCUCCAAGGGCACCAUCCUGCUGGACAUUAACCAGCAGGACAAGCCCCGAGAGGCCUUUGAAAAGUACGUUGACUCGAUCCUCGAUCUCCUCAUCCCCGGCCAGUCGCCCGGCAUCAAGGAGAAGAUCAUUGACCUGUACGGCAAGAACGAGAUCCUCUUCUUUGGCCCCGACGAAGGCACUGCCGACUACAUGGACUGGGCCUCCCAGCACGCCCGCAAGCGCGGCGCCUCUUUCUGGAAGGCCUUCACCACCGGCAAGAGCCAGUCGAUCGGCGGUAUCCCCCACGACACCUUUGGCAUGACCACGCGCUCCGUCCACCAGUACGUCCUCGGCAUCUACCGCAAGAAGGGCCUCAAGGAGGAGGAGAUCCGCAAGCUCCAGACUGGCGGCCCCGACGGCGAUCUCGGCUCCAACGAAAUCAAGAUCUCCAAGGACAAGACCAUCGCCAUUGUCGAUGGCAGCGGUGUCCUCUACGACACCGACGGUAUCCACCGCGAGGAGCUCCUGCGCCUGGCCUCGAAGCGCCAGAUGAUCAGCCACUUUGACGUCAGCAAGCUGUCGCCCAAGGGCUUCCGCGUCCUGGUUGACGAGACCAACGUCAAGCUGCCCGACGGCACCAUCGUCGAGAGCGGCUUCAAGUUCCGCAACGAGUUCCACCUGCACCCCCUUGCCGGCGCCGACAUCUUUGUCCCGUGCGGUGGCCGCCCCGAGUCCGUCGACCUCAACAACAUCAACGCCCUCUUUGACGAGAACGGCAGCGCCCGCUUCAAGUACGUUGUCGAGGGCGCCAACCUGUUCUUCACCCAGGAGGCCCGUGUCCGCCUCGAGAACGCCGGCGUCGUUGUCUUCAAGGAUGCCUCGGCCAACAAGGGUGGCGUCACUUCGUCCUCGCUCGAGGUCCUGGCCGCUCUGUCCUUCAGCGACGACGAGUUCAAGCAGCACAUGCAAGUCCUGGACGGCGUCGCGCCGGCCUUCUACACCCAGUACAUCAAGGCCGUCCACCAGUUCAUCGAGAACAAUGCUGCCCUCGAGUUUGAGUGCCUGUGGAAGGAGAACCAGCGCACCAAGAAGCCCAUCUCGAUCCUGUCGGACGAGCUGUCGUUUGCGAUCGUGCGUCUGAACGAGGAGCUGCAGCACACCACCCUGUGGGACAACGUCCCGCUCCGCCGCAUUGUGCUCCAGGAGGCCUUCCCCAAGAUCCUGAUCGACACCCUGGGUCUCGAUACCCUCAUGAAGCGCGUCCCUGAGAGCUACGUCAAGGCCAUCUUUGGCAGCUACCUGGCCUCCCGAUUCGUCUACAAGUACGGCAUCGAGCCCAGCCAGUUUGCCUUCUUCGAGUUCAUGGCCCCCUACUUCUCCAAGAUCGAGCAGUAA